CCAUCUGCAUUGCAGCUUGAUACAACAUUGCCCACCCUGCACGACCAUUCCAUGCAGUGGCUACUGAAUGGGUACCACACCAUCAAGAAACCCGAAAUUAUCAAGCAGGCUUUUGCAUCCUGCCAUGCAGGUCCAUUGUUCAACCUCUCAUUUGACAGCCUUACAAGUUGUGAGGCCUUGCAAUGA